CAUUUAUUUAAGAACAGAAGCUGAGGGGAGGAUUGAGAUUUGAGAGCGAACCAGGAGCAAGCAAGUCAGCAACCAACGAGCUAGGCUCCCUCUGAAGUGAGAAGAAAUGUUGCCAAUUGGUGGCGGGGUUGGGAAGCUGGUGACGGCGAUUGCGGCUGCAGCUCUGCUGCGUCUCUUCUCCAGUCCCGGCCCGGCACUGUUGCCGGGUAAUGAAGAUGAAGAAGAGAGCAAUGGCGAGGAAAAUGGAGAGGCUCCACCCAACGGGAAAGUGUCUCCAGUAACUAUUAGGUGGACUAACAUUACUUGUGCUCUCUCCGACAAUUCAUCCAAAUCAGUCCGGUUUUUGCUUCAGAGUGUAAGUGGAGAGGCCAGGCCUGGGAGGUUGCUAGCUAUUAUGGGCCCGUCAGGUUCAGGAAAGACAACUUUGCUUAAUGUAUUAGCUGGUCAGAUGAAAGCGUCACCAAAAUUACAUUUGUCUGGUGUUUUAGAGGUUAACGGGCGGCAGUUUGUCAACAAGCCUCUUAAACUUGCUUAUAUUAGACAGGAAGACCUUUUCUUCUCACAAUUAACAGUGAAAGAAACACUCUCUCUCGCAGCUGAACUUCAGGUGCAGGACAUAUCUUCUGUGGAAGAGAGAGAUGCAUAUGUGAACAAUUUAUUGUUCAAACUAGGAUUGUCUGGCUGUGCUGAUACUCGUGUUGGCGAUGCAAAAGCUCGUGGAAUAAGUGGUGGUGAAAAGAAACGGCUCUCACUUGCUUGUGAGCUUAUUGCAAGUCCAUCUGUCAUUUUUGCUGAUGAACCGACUACAGGACUUGAUGCUUUUCAAGCAGAGAAAGUCAUGGAAACUCUACAACAACUUGCUCAGGAUGGCCAUACUGUGAUAUGCUCCAUACAUCAGCCUAGAGGGUCCGUGUAUGAAAAAUUUGAUGACAUUGUGUUGCUUUCAGAAGGUUCACUUAUUUAUGCUGGCCCUGCUGGCGAGGCGCCAUUGGCAUACUUCGCAAAAUUUGGGUAUAUUUGUCCCAAUCAUGUGAAUCCUGCAGAGUUUUUGGCUGAUUUAAUAUCAGUAGACUAUGGAACAAGAGAAACUGUCCAUGCUUCUCAGAAAAGAAUAGAUGGACUUGUGGAGUCAUUCUCGCACAAAGAAGCAAUAACAACUACUUUGUAUGAAAGUCCAGUUUCUAGGGAUCACCUAAACAAAUAUGUGAACUCAAAGAAGAAAACAGUCAUCAAAAGGAAAGGUGGUUGGUGGAGGCAGUUUGUUUUACUCCUUAAACGUGCAUGGAUGCAGGCAUCUCGUGAUGGUCCAACAAACCAAGUCCGGGCAAGGAUGUCUAUUGCAUCUGCUCUUAUAUUCGGUUCUGUUUUCUGGAGGAUGGGAAGAUCACAAACAUCGAUACAAGAUAGAUUGGGAUUGCUUCAGGUAGCUGCCAUAAAUACUGCAAUGGCUGCACUCACAAAAACUGUGGGAGUCUUUCCAAAGGAACGUGCAAUUGUAGAUCGUGAGCGGGCCAAAGGGUGUUAUGCAUUAGGACCAUAUCUGCUUUCAAAGUUGAUAGCUGAGGCUCCAAUCGGAGCAGCAUUCCCCUUACUAUUCGGUAGCAUCAUGUACCCCAUGACACAACUUCAUCCUACUGUUUCUAGAUUUGGUAAGUUCUGUGGUAUUGUAACCAUGGAGUCUUUUGCUGCCUCUGCAAUGGGCUUGACUGUGGGUGCUAUGGUCCCAACUACUGAAGCCGCUAUGGCCUUAGGGCCUUCUCUUAUGACAGUUUUUAUUGUGUUUGGAGGCUAUUAUGUAAAUUCAAAAAACACACCUGUUAUCUUUCGCUGGAUUCCUCGGGUUUCCCUUAUAAGAUGGGCAUUUCAAGGGCUUUGCAUCAAUGAAUUUAGUGGGCUACAGUUUCAGCAUAAAAAUUCAUUUGAUAUACAAUGCGGUGAACAACAACUUGAGCGGCUAUCUUUUGAAGGCAGUCAGAUUAGAGAUACUGUUAUGGCUCAAAGUAAAAUUAUACUUUUCUGGUACUACACUACCUACGUGCUUCUGACAAAAAAUAAGCCGAAAUACCAGCUGCUCGAGCCGCCACUCUCGGAUCAAAGCCAAAUGCAACCUAAGGUGGUUCCCCUUCUCGAGAGUGAUCCAGUGAAAUAAAAACAACUUGAAGCUUGUCCCUGAGAUGAAGAUGCUCAUCAGGAGAAAAUCGUGAAGUUAAGAUGGUGGGUGGGAUGCACCUGAGAAGCAUUGGAACUUGGAAAUAGUGUUGUCAUAAGAUGUUCUCUUUGUUAGGUAGGAAUUGAAAAUUGACUUUAAGAGGAUUUUAGCCUUUAUAUAUUUAAUAAAAAAGGGAUGGUAGUGACCAAGAUUAUCACUAUGUCUAGUAAUUGCUAGCGCAUCUCUUUUCCAUGGGUGUGGUAACAAUGACAAAAACAAAUCUAUAACCAUUUUGGUGGCGCCAUAUGUGUGUGGACACGCUCCAAUCCCCCCCCCCCCCAGUAGAAAAUGAAACGGGGUAUCCAAAAUCUGUAAUACCUUAUUUUGUUCUGGGUCGGGUUGAACCGAUGGUUUCAGAACCUUUUCCAAUUAUGCUUAUACAGGAUUUUAAGGCUAUUUUCUUAAA